AUGCCGUCGAUUGCCUUGAGUACUGGUUGGUCUUUUGUGAUACAAAUGGAAGAAAACGAAUCCAAAUUCCCUGAAUUUGCACUCGAAAAGGAAUUCCAGUGUCACAAUACACAACUCGUAAAAGAAGUUGUAUGUAAAACCAUACAGAAGUUUGUCAAAAACCCUCAAGAUGUCCGUUUGGCGAUAACUGUUUCGUUUCAACCACAUAUCACGGGCAAUGACAAUUCGCAUGAACAAGAAGCGAUUGCUACAGUAGAAGUCGACAAACCGGGGAACUUCUACCCUGGUGGACAGGAGCAACGCGUGAGAAACAAAGAGCUGGAAGUUCUACGCCAAGUCGAAAGAACAAAACAACAAGAAAGACGUGAAAUGCGCAAAUUAGCACGCGAAGAAGAGGAACGCAAACGUCGAAAAAUGGAAACAGGAGUGAAACGACCUUCAGGUGGGACAGUCCAUGAGAGAGCAAGAAUGACCCGUGUGGCUCCCCCACUUCCAUUCAAGGCAGAAACUCGUAGACUCCCUUCUGGAGAGAUGUAUGCUGUGCGCGAAUGGGUCUACAGUUAUACAGAAAAAGAACCAUUUUUUCCUCUACCUGUUACUUCGAAUGCAUUUGGAGAGCCGAUGAUUGUGAGAGAAACGAAAUUUCAAGGCUAUGAACAUUGGCAUUUUACACCGGAUAGUGAACCUGAUGCACACGCAGCUGAGUUGCAAGGUACAGUGGGUGAAGAGAGAAAAGCAUUGGAAAAGGGUGACAGUGAGCCUAAAGGAGAACCAAGAAGUGCAAUUCCGUCUACUGCUGGAGUCAAAAACGCUAAGGAGGAAGAUAGGGAAGGGCAAAAGCUUAUUGCUCUCCUUCCAGGACCACCUCAGAAGGCCAAGGAAGUAAAGAAACAGAAAAAAGAACCGAAGAAGCGACCAAGCGUAAAUGUUCGAAAGAUAACAAUCGUAGAACCAAAAGUAUAUAAAGGGUUGGUGGAACCUCAGUCUGAAGGUCUAAGUAAGCAGACUCUUACUUCUCAGUCUGUCAUCGUUCUAAGUCAAGAAGGACAGAGUAAAUUACAUGCUCAAACCAUUCCGUCCAGUGGCACAGCACCCGAGGUUGAAUCGUCGAAUAUUCUGGACACUGACCAACAGACACCAUCAGCCCGAUCCACUUCUUCUGCUUCGACGGACACUGUGGAAGAGGGAAGCCUGCACGAGUUCAAAACUCCACCGGGUUCUUCAUCUACUGUACCUUCUCCCGUUUUAACAGCAAAGAAUGUCGAAGAUGCGGGAGUUGUGAAACCAUCAAGUGGAGUUCCAGUAUCUGCUCCACCCGCCGCUUUGCCAAAAAAUGAGGAGAAGGAGACACCACAGAAGGCUCAACGAAUCCUAGAUGUGACUACAGCAACUAUCUCAUUACAAAAACCACCAGAAGAGGUGAUAGCUACACAACCUGAGAAAGCAAGCACAACAGAUCAUCUUGUUACUCCAUCACUUGAUCAAGAAGUUCCAGAAGAAAUGAAGGAGAAGACUAAGCCUCAUCCUUCGACCGUAACUCAAUCUGUGACACCUUCUGACUUUCUUUCAACAUCUACAGAAGAACCCAAAAUUUCAAAGUCUGCGCCAAAACAACCAGUAGAAACUAUAACUGCUCCACGAGCACUUGUUCCAGAAAUCGGAAAAGAAGAAGAGCAGAAGAAAACAUUAGAAGAGGCAGUACCGUCCACUGCUUUGGACACCGUAGACCAAGACCAAUUAAAAGCCACAACACUGCCUCAGUUACAAGCAAACGUAACAGAAAUUUCUUCUGCUUCAAGAAGGGAAGAAGAGGAUAAGCAGCAUAAAGUUGUGUCUGAUGCUUCGAAGGAGGCUCAUAAGGUAAUAACUACAAUUACUCAUCAGGUUGUGAAAGAAGAAAAAAUGGCAAAUUUGAUGCCUGCGCCAGCCGCCUUUUCAGAAAAGAGGGAAGGAGAAGAGAAGCCAAAAGAAGCUAGAGUACCUGUGUCAGCAAUAUCAGUUGGACCUCCAUCCAAGAUUGAGGAAGAGAAGACAGUAAGAAAGGAGCCUGCUAUUCCAUCUGCUGCUCUGUUAGGGAGCGCAGAAGAAGAAGUAAAGCCGAAAAGGGCUGAGGUGCUUCUUACACCAUUUCCGUCUAAUUUGGAGGAAAAGGCAAAGAAGGCCGAACCUACACCAACCGUCGUUCCUAUGCCAGCCGCUGUAGAGGAGAUGAAGCAUACGAAAUCGGAUGGUAAACGGGCAGCUUCGACAUUCCGGUACACAAUCCGAUCUGAAGGAUCACGAGAAAUCGAAGAAGAAGAGAAGCCCAAAAUUUUCCUCAAACCUCCAUUACAACCGGAUAUGCUUGAAGCUGUAAAGCAGCUGAAAACUACAAAAGUAAAACCUGAGCAAAAGCCUAUUCAACAUUCUCCAGAAAGUAGCUUGUCGGGAAGUGCAGAAGAGCAAGAACGAAAAAACGACGUAUCAGAAGCUCCGAUAGCAACGCAUCCUGUUGGUCCACCAUCUACUUUGCCAAAAGAUAUUGCGGACGAAAGAAAGAUAACAAAAUUACCUGUGUCACUAACUACUUCUGCCUUUCCCUCAGCUAUAUCAGUUACUCUACCAAAGCAAGAAGAUGAAAAGACUAUGCCUCAACUUCCCCUGUUCAAGCCUCCGCACGUUACUUCCCCUCCAUCGAAGCCGGAGCCAAUGCCUCCGAUAGCAAAAGUUGAUGCUACCCCACAGCUUGCUGUAUUGCCAGAAGGUGCGAAGGAAGAGACAUCUGAAAAUAUCAAGCCUCAGACUGUGAUAAAAGCCCAUUCUGCGACCCCUAUAGUUCAACUCGAGACUUCGAAAAAAUUAAAGGCAACGCAAGUGGAGAUAAACCAGUCUAUUUCAAAAGAUCCUGCUACUGCACCAUUCGCUCUACCAGGAAGCGCCGAAGAAGAGAAAACAGAAAAAGUUGAAGUUACGCCUUUUCCGCCUGCAGUUUCUCCUACUAGAGUACCACUGAAGGUUGUAGAAGUGUUAAACUAUACAAAAUACAAGCGUGAUUCCUCUAUGGUAGAAAAGACGAAGGCUACAACAUUUGAUUCUAAGCCGAUGUCAGAAAUUUCAGCUCCUACCUCGCCAUCUGUUUUCAAAACCGAGCAAGAAGAAAAGGAGAAGAAUAUAGAACCUCGGCUACUGGCAAUGUCUGAGUCUCCACACCGGCCAACCAUUUUACCAUUUAAGAUUGGAGCUGAUGUGGAAGUCACGAAAGUGAAGCCUAAGCAACCAAUUAUUUCUUCAGCUGUUCCAAAUGCCGCUUUACAAGAAAAUGUAAACUGGACAAAACCAGAAGGAUUUAGUUUGGAUAUACGAAAGAAGACCCCGCCCUUAGAUCAGCCUACUAUCCCAUCACCUAAGGCGCUAGAAGAGGUAAAGAUUGCAAAUCUCGAGCUUCAGCAACCAGUACAUGUAGAAGAUUCGGUUGUCCUUGCACUGACAAGUUCGAAGGAGACAGAAAAAACGAGAAGUCCAUUGCCGAUCGCAGAACCGGGGCAGAAGGCAACAACAAAGCUAGAAGAGACUCUACAAAAGCCGCAAAGUAAGGCUGAAACUGUUCAAUCCCAAAGCAUUCCCAUGAGAGCGAGUAAGAAAGAAUCCGAAGCGAUGUCAACAGUUGCUAUCUCACCCACAUCCCUUCCUUCUCCUCCAACAGAAAAGAAAAUGAAGUUUGAGCGCCUACCUACUUUAUCUCCAAAGGUCAUCAAAGAUAAAAAGCAUUACAAAAGAAAAGUUGUACAUUCUCAUGUUGAACCUCAGCCUCUCAUUCCCGUCGACAUGACGACUGAAUUAGACGACAAAGCUCAGAAGAGCGAGCCUCGACGGCCGAGUGUAGAAGAAAUGAAUGCCGUGCGAGAGCUGGGUUCACCUCGAGAUGAUGCGACCGACCGAGAUGGAUUAUCGCUUGAGACCAUAGAUGUACAAUCAGCUGUUGAUCUACCACAACAUGAAACGUUUUACAUUGCAAUGCCAGAUGAUUCGCGAAUAGAAACAAAGGGAUCAGCAAACAUUCAAGGAUCCAUAAAAUUGGAAGAUGAUGGUAAAUCGCCAAAAGUCCUUGCUUACAUAAAUGUAGGGUAGCAAGCAUUAUUUCAUGGAC